GGUUGAAGUCGUUGGCAUUUACGGUUUUUGAAAAAAUUUAGUUUUAAGUUUUUGAUACUUUUUCGACUAAAAUUCAACUUUGAGGUGUAAUUGCUUGGAAAGUAUUUGAGCUAUGGAGCUCAAUCUUACAUUGAUUUAUAGAAAAUUUAAUGUUCUUUCCAACAAUGUGCUUUUUUUUUGGAUUUGAAUUGGAAAACACUCGAACACGAAAUAAAUUCUUAAGAUCUUAUUAAAUUUAGGUCAAUGCUUGAUUGUUAAAAUUGGAGAUUCCGGGAGGGAUCCCCCAUCCGGUUCCCGUCCUCGUCGCACACAAUCUGGACGUCCGCAAAGUUUGUGCGUCGCGACGCCGCCCGUCAUGCGCCCGUGCCGACGCCCGCGGCGCACGCGUACCGCCCACGUCGCCGUCAUCGAGCGACAGCCCCGCAACCGCUCUCUACGAAAAGCGACAGUGCAUCCAAAGUUCCGUCGGUUUUUCGUAAUUUUAUUUUUAUAAGUAAAAAUCGGGGCGAAUGUUUUUGUACAUCGUGCGAGCGUGAGUGCGGCGAAAAAACGAGUCCGCGGGGGUGCAGGUCGCCGAGUGUUUUCUGAACUUGAGGGGUGAAACUCCGAAAAGUCGCCACAAUUGACCUGUGUUGCAAGAAAAUGGGGUGCACUUCGUCGGCCGAGGAGCGGGCUGCGCUGGCGAGGAGCAAAGCGAUCGAGAAGAACCUCAAAGAAGAUGGAGCCCAAGCUGCCAAAGACAUCAAACUUUUACUACUGGGCGCUGGCGAAUCAGGAAAAAGUACCAUAGUAAAACAAAUGAAAAUUAUCCACGAAAGUGGAUUUACACCAGAAGAUUUCAAACAGUACAGGCCGGUAGUAUACAGCAACACCAUCCAAUCACUUGUGGCGAUUUUGCGGGCGAUGCCGAACCUCGGAAUACAAUACGGCAACAAUGAACGAGAGGCCAGCUUGGAUGGUAAAAUGGUAUUUGACGUAAUCCAAAGAAUGGAGGAUACGGAACCUUUUUCGGAAGAACUACUAGCUGCAAUGAAAAGACUAUGGGCCGAUUCUGGGGUACAAGAAUGUUUCGGUCGUUCCAAUGAGUACCAACUUAACGACUCUGCCAAAUACUUUUUGGACGAUUUAGAUCGAUUAGGAGCAAAAGACUACCAGCCGACAGAACAAGAUAUUUUAAGAACGCGAGUCAAAACCACCGGAAUCGUCGAAGUACAUUUUUCAUUUAAGAAUCUCAAUUUCAAAUUGUUCGAUGUGGGAGGUCAAAGAUCGGAACGAAAGAAGUGGAUUCAUUGUUUCGAAGACGUCACCGCGAUCAUAUUUUGCGUGGCGAUGAGCGAAUAUGAUCAAGUUUUACAUGAAGAUGAAACGACGAACCGUAUGCAAGAGAGUUUGAAGCUGUUUGACUCUAUUUGCAACAACAAAUGGUUCACCGACACUUCGAUUAUCCUUUUCCUCAACAAGAAAGAUUUGUUUGAGGAGAAAAUUCGGAAAUCGCCGCUCACGAUAUGUUUUCCAGAAUAUACAGGUGCGCAAGAAUAUGGUGAAGCGGCGGCAUACAUCCAAGCUCAGUUCGAGGCGAAAAACAAAUCCACCACCAAAGAGAUUUACUGCCACAUGACUUGCGCCACAGACACUCACAACAUUCAGUUUGUGUUCGACGCAGUUACAGACGUCAUCAUAGCGAACAACUUGCGCAACUGUGGCCUGUAUUAAGUUUUAGUUUAAGUAAAAAAAAAGCGUAUUAAAUAAGGAAAAAACCGAAGCGAUUUGUUUCUUGUAUUAUUGCGUGUAUGAAAUUAUUUGUUUAAGAAAAAAAGGCGCUGCUAUUGGACCAAUUUUUGGUCAAAACACACAAGAACAGGAAAACAAAAUAAUUAUUAUUUAUUUAACUUUAGAAGUUUUUUUUUUUUUGUGUUUGGCGCAUUUUUUAAGUUUUUCCUGUUUCUAAUAAAGUGAUUGAAACUUCUAAUGUGGCGCACCAAAAGCUGAGUGAGACAAAAUCAAUGUAUAAAUGGUUUAUUUUUUUGUAUAUUUAAUUUAUUGUAGAUUGCACAGGAAAAUACAAAAAAAGUAGUAAAAGCAUGAUGAGUAAUAAGAAAGCUACUUAUAUGUUCCUGAAGUUUAGAUUUUUCAAAAAAUAACAAAUUUAUAUUAGAUUUUUUAAUAGUGAGUGAAAUAAACACAGGGUAUAAUUCAGAAGACAAAAAUGUGCUUCCUUACAAAAUUAUUUUCCUGUGUCAACUACCAAAACUAUAAUUCACAUGAACAAAAAUAAUUCAAUUUCGCACAUAAGGCUUUCAAGCAAAAGCGCACAUUUAUUCAAGUUGUACAAAAAAAGUUGAGCACAAAUUUGCUAUCCUAAAUAUGAGAAUUUGAAUGUGUAAAGGAAAAAACAUACAAUCUUUGUGCCAUUUUGUGCAUUUAUUUUUUUUUGUAAAUUAUUAUACUUUAUGUAAGUCUAAAUAAAUGUUAUUUAUGUUUCUGUAAUAUUAUUGCGUAUAUUAGUUUAGUUAGUUUACCAAAAUGUUACUAUAAAUAAAUAUAAGAAAGGCUACUUCCAGGUAUAUUUUGACUCAAAAAAAAUCUUUUAGUGCAAUACACUUUUGUGACAAAAUAUACCAAAAGUCGUUCAAUUUAUCUGUGUGGACCCAAAAAUAAUUUAAGCUCAAGUAGUAAAAGAAAAAGAAUGGGUAUGGUACUGUGUAGUUUCUUUGUAUGUGAGACACUGGUGUCUCAAACACACAAAAAAAAAAAUUGUUCUCAAUAAAUAUGUGUUCUAAAAUAAUUUUGCCUCUCAUAGUUUUGGCGAUGGUAAUUGUAGUUUUAGAAAUUCUUUUAUGAAAUUUUGUACAGUUUCCAGACAGUAUACAAAAAUCUUAAAGAUGCUCCUUAUUAUUAUUCAUUAUAUAACUUUCAAUUUUUGUCUAUUCCAGGCGCUAUGCUCUUUGAAAUAUGUAAUUCUGAGGUUUUUGAAUUGUUCUGAAGCCUUUCAAAAUAUUGCUGGCAAGUGUUUUUGGAACGUUCUGACAAAUUUUUAAGUAUUUUGGAACCCUAUUUGAAGCUCCAAAGUGUUCUAGAUUGGUUUAAAAGAGUUCUAAUAGUUUUCCUGUUCUAAAUUAAAUCCUAAUUGUUCUGAAAUAACUCUAAAUUGUUUUAAAUUAUUCCAAAAUGCACUGGUUUGAUCAAGAUUUUUGUCAUUAUAUUAGCAACUUGAGUUUCUGUAAGAUGUUUUGUGUAUACUUAAAAUUUCUUCUAGGACAAGCCAUAAAGAUGUCGAAUUUGAAUGUGCUUGGUUCUCUUGUGGUUCCCAGAAUUUUGUGACAAAUGAAUAACUGCUUCGUUGUUAUCUAAUAAUUCUGGAAUUUCUUUCAUAUAAUUUUUUGAACCAUACAAGGGAUAUAACACCUCCAGCAUAAACACAUAUCACUCGUGUUGUGGAACGUCCUGUUUUUAUAUCCCCUCCAUGAUCAGUAUCACUAAAACCUUGUAGGUAACCUCUUUUGGUUCUUGGCCUGUAAGUGAUAACAUAAUGAAUGUAAGGGAAAUUUCUCUUUACUUGGACAAAGUCUUUGACUUGGAUUUUUCAGACUUGGCAUCAGGUAAAGUAAUGCUCCAACAGCCUCUCUAUAUGAAAAAUUUGAUAUUUCUGCUUCUUCUGAAGGAGAAUUAUCCUUAACAAUUGGAGUUUUGAUAGGUUUGUAAUUGUUCAUACCAAAUUUUUUUCAACAAUUCCUUUUUGAUUUAUGAUAACUGAUCCAUUCUUUGAAUUUCAUGAUUUCCAUACCCAAAAAAUCUGAUGCAGGCUUUAUCGUGACUUUAAACUUUAUCUGGAGUUGUUGUAGAAAAUAUUUUUUCAUUUCCUCAUUGCUCGAGGCUAGUAGACCAUUGUUCACAUAUAAAACUAAAAUAAGAAUGUCUGUUCCUGCCCUCAUGAUGAAAAGAAAUGGAUUGGCAUCGGUUAUUUUUUUGUUCCAGCAUCUAGGAGCUUGCUUAAGUCCAUAUAGGAUCUUUCUUGGAUGACAAACCCUAUCUGUACCAUUAUUAAAACCCUCUAGCUGUUUCAUGUAUACUUUUUCUUGAAGCUCACCAUAUAGAAAUGCUGUACAUACAUCAAACUGGCUUAGAUUUAAAUUUUCACUGGCAGAUAGACUCAAAACAGAUCAUAUAUUCAGAGCUGGGCAAGCUACUUGGAAAAAGUAGCUAGCUACAAGCUACAAGCUACUUUAUAUUGUAAGUAGCUAAGCUCAGUAGCUCAACUACCUCUUUGAAAAAGUAGCUAAGCUAUUAGUAAUUUAACUACAUUCUGAAUUAGUGAAAGCUACUAUUUAAGCUACUUUUAUCAAUGUACAUGCCUUACCUAAUUUAAUUUCAUAAUAUCAUCAUACGAAAAUAACAUAUUAACUUAAGAAGUAGUAUUCAGAUUUUUGUCAAAAACCACAGGACAUUAAUUUAUUAGGUUCACUUUGAUCACAGUGAUCUGCGAAUGCGAGAAUAAAAUAGGACACAUAAAACAUAGGUACCUACAGAGAUAACUAGAAACUAGUCUUAGCAAGGCAGGAUAAGAGUUUUCCGGAAAAUGAUAAUUGUAGCUUGAGCAAUUAAAGUAUAAAGUUACUUUUAUCGAGUGGUAAAUUCAAACGCGGGCGAUAGGUUGGUGGAAACGUGCCUUUAUAAGGGGAAAACUGUUUAUUUUUGAAAACAAUGUCGAAUGGAUGCCAUUAUACAGAGUGGCAAAAAAGUCGCGCAUAAUACCUGUAACUUUUUAAUUACCUCGUAUACGAAAAGGUGACCUUAAUGAAAGUUGCUUACGGCCAUUUGCACCGCUAUAACUUAAGGGAUAUUUAAUCUAAGUGGAGCUUUGAAUGUGAUUCUCGUAGAAACAAAAGUCACAUUCAAAAGCUCCACUCAAAUUAAAUAUCCCUUUAAUAUCCCUUAAGUGAUAGCGGUGCAAAUGGCCAUUAGUAAAUUAUUUCCCACGAUUCUACUUAAACGUAUUGCCUUUGUCACUUCUGGUUUGUUUGCUAUCUAGACCAACUUUGUUUUUUCAAAUAAAACACCCUGUAUUUUGUGUCAAAUGAUAGCUUAUGAAAAUCUAAGAUAGGAAUGUGAAAUCGGUUUUCCUCUAAAAUUAACCAUUUGGGUUUUACGCGCUAUCAAAGUUGCAAAAAAGUUAAUUUUCAACUGUCAAUAUUUCCAAAACAGUUGAACUUAGUUAUAGAGGGUUAUAUCACAUGAAAUCUACUCAGAAUUUUACGUAGAAUCCAAAUAUUCAAUCACAUACAGGGUGUUUCAUUUGAAAAAACAAAGUUGGUCUGGAUAGCAAACAAACCAGAAGUGACAAAAACAAUUUGUUCAGGUAGAAAUGUGGGAAAUAAUUUACUAAGCAACUUUCAUUAAGGUCACUUUUUCGUAUACGAGGUAAUUAAAAAGUUACAGGUAUUAUGCGCGACUUUUUUGCCACUCUGUAUUAUAGGUAUAGUUAUUUUAUUUUUGAACUAGAAGAGUCCGCUGCGCAUAAAACGUAAUAAGUAUUUUGGGCGUUGAGUAUCGUUAACCACACCCUAGGGCGGUAAAUGACACUUUCCGCCAUUAAUACCUAAAUAACUAUUAACUAUCUACCAAAAGUAGCUUAAGUAGCUUGUUUUAGUAGCUAGCUACUUUUCACAGUAGCUUAUGAAUACUUGAAACACAUUACCAAAAGCUACAGCUACAAGCUACUUUUUUUUCAAAGUAGCUUGAAUAAGUUAUUAGCUACCAAAAAAGUAGCUAAGCUAGUAGCUUAACUACUUGGUAGCUAGCUACUGCCCAGCUCUGAUCAUAUUGUAGCAAAUCUUGCAACUGGGCUAAAUGUCUCAUCAUAAUUUUGAUAUUUCUUCUAUGAAUAACCUUUUGCGACUAAUCUGGCUUUGAAUUUAUCUAUAGGGCUAUCUGGAUGGUAUUUUACCUUGUAUGCCUAUUUAUUUGGUAUAGCCUUCUCACCAUUGGGUAGCUUUCCCGAGGGGGAAACCACCUUAGAAUUUUGGUGUACAAACUGAUAGAAUUUUUUAGAAUUUCUUAGAAUUUUUUAGAAUUUCUUAGAAUUUUUUAGAAUUAUUAGUAUUUUUUAGCAUUUUUUAGUAUUUUCUAGCAUUUUCUAGAAUUAUUUAGAGUUUUUUUAGUAUUAUUUAGAAUUGAAUUAGAAUUUUUUAGAAAUAAUUUAUAAUUUUCACCUAUUGCGCAUGCUCAAGAGCAUGCGCACUGCGCAAUCUGUAGGGAUUUUUGGAAAUUUUUUGGAAUUUUUCGAGAAUUAGCAUUUUUCAGAAUUUCAGAAUUUUUGGUGUAAAAAAUUAGGAAGGUGGGUUCCCCCGAGCGGGAAACCUUCUUAGAAUUUUGGUGUACAGGGUGAUCUAUUAUAAUGUCACCCCCUUCUAACUUUUUCAUUUGAUAUAUUUGACAAAAGUGUCAAAUACAAAAGUUUCAAUAAAUUGUCGAAAGUUUUCAACUAAGUUUUUUUAAAUGGAACACCACAUAUUGUGCGCUUAUUUGUUAGUCCCUUUUAACCUGAUUUCAACGAUAUACGAUUUGAUAUGUCUAUCUUCGAUAUUUAUAGGAAAAAACAUGAAAACCCGAGUGAAAACCUCUUUCAAGGUUUCAUAUUGAAAAAAGAAAAAUUAUACCAUUUAAGCUUUAGAGAAUUUUUUUUAUGAACAGUUUAUUGUUCAAAUUUUAUUCAUUAAUAUACAAGGUGAAAUAUUAUAAUAAAUCCAGGUGUCUACGUUAUUAUUAUUAUUUUUGAAAAAAUAACAUGAGCGACCUAGCAAGGGAUUUUCGCGUUUUUCCCUAUAACUAUUGAAGAUAAACCGAGAGAUAAACAUAUCAAACCGUAUAUCGUUGAAAUCAUAUCUGGUAUGGUGCUGGGACUGAUAAGGGGACUAACAAAUAAGCGCAUAAUAUACAGGGUGUUCCAUUUAAAAAAAUAUAACUUUACACUGCUGCACUUUUUUGACGCACCCUGUUUGUCUAAAACUACCUUAGUUAAAGACUUUUGACAUCACCCUGUACAAACUGGUAGAAUUUUUCAGAAUUUCUUAGAAUUUUUCAGAAUUAUCAGUAUUUUUUUGCAUUUUUUAGUAUUUUCUAGCAAUUUCUAGAAUUAUUCAGUAUUUUUUAGAAUUGAACUAGAAUUUUUUCGAAAUAAUUUAGAAUUUUUAUCUAUUGCGCAUGCUCAAGAGCUUGCCCAAUUUGUUGGGAUUUUUUAGAAUUUUUAGAAUUUUUUGGGACAAUAAUAACAUGAAAAUUAGCAUUUUUCAGAAUUUUAGAAUUUUUGGUGUACAAAAUUAGGUAGGUGGAUUCCCCCUCGAGCUUUCCUAAAGUUGAAACAUAGUUUUUCUCUGAAGACUUCAUUUCUCUUUCCAUACUCCAUAGCCAUUUUCCAGUCAUGUUACUUGACAUAGUUUCUCGGUACGUAGUUGGCUCAUUUAUUUCUAUAAUAUUUGCAGCAACCAUCAUAGCGAAAUCUUUAAACCUGAUUUCUAUCUCUCAGUUGUCUACUCGGUACAUUUGGGACUUCUUCUGACAUGUCAUUAUUUGGUGAUUCUACUAAGAUGACAGAAUGAGUGUCAGAAAAACUGUGAUUCCCCAAACGAUAUCUUCAUGUCCAUUGUUUUCUUUAGUUUCUUGUUCUGGAGUAGGUACCUUCCCUGCUUCUGACAAUCUUAAAAUGGGUUUUGCUGAAAAGUUCCAACAGGGUCUUUUAGCAAUGACAACGUUAAAAUUAUGAGUUUUUCGUCGAAUAUCACCGCUCGAUCUGACUAGUUUCAGUUUCUUAGAUUUUUCACACCAAAUCUGAUAUCCAUCAUCCUAUAAGUAUGCCUUUCACUGUCUUUUUAUCAAUUUUCUUUCUUCCUGACUUUGGUACAUAAGGGCAUAACAGGAUGUUCCAAUAAUUCUCAUGUGUUUUAAGGACGGCUUUUUCUCAUACCACAGUUCAAAUGGAGAUUUUCCUUCGAUAAAAGAAUUACCAGUUCUAUCCAAAAUGUACAGGGUUGUCGUUAUGUUUGGAAACAGCCUAAUAUUUCAGAACGCACUCACGAAAAAUGUACCAUAUUUACUACUUGGGGGUUUUUGGGAAUGUCCGAUUCAAUGGUGGUAUUUGCAAUGUUGCCAAGCUUACGGUUUCUGAGAUGCCAUAUGUAACUUGACUUUUUUAAAUGGAAGUCCUUCUUUCAAGAAUAUAAAAUGAAAUAUAGGGCAUCCCAUUUGAAAAAAGCUGGAAGCAUGCAAAAUUGCACAUUUCUGACAUUCAAAUUUUGUUUCUGACCAUGGUUUCUAAAAAUUUAGCUAAUACUGUAUAACUUUUGUAUUUACACAUUUCUUCUACCUGUAAAGUUAAAGGCUGAAGGUGGGGUGUCAAUAUAUAAAAAAACACCCUGUACAACUAAGUGGAUUAUUGCGGAACUUAUGGAUGGACCUCUACUCAUCAGUAUACUGUUGAACUGUUCAAAUAAGACACUCACCUGAAACGUGUACUUUUUAAACUAAUGAGAAUAAUUCACAUUUGAGUGAAUCAGGUUAGUAUCGUGAUUGAACAACACAUUGAUGAAUAGAUGGCUGCGGGACGAGCGCAGCGAUACUAACCUGAUUCACUCAAAUGUGAGUUGCCUUACUUGAACAGUUCAACAGUAUAUUGGUGAGUAGAGGUCCACCCAUAAGUUCCGCAACAAUUCACUCAUUUGUACUUCAAUAACUUGUCACAUUAUGUUACUAGUUUGGUAAAGUAACAUUACUAAUUCCUCAAUUCCUGUUUAAAGGCAAAUUGACAAAACGUGAAUAAUCUUACAAAUUCCGACUUUAUAUAAUAAGUUAUUGUUCAAGUACAGGGUGUUUUUUUUUAUAUAUUGACACCCUACAGCUUCCACCUUUACAAGUAGAGGAAAGGUGUAAAUGUGGGGAUUGUUAUACACCUGGGUCCUUAUUCUUGAAACAGGGGAGCAGCGCUCCCAAGAGAACGUGUGUUUUGGUCUUUGUUCCUUAUAUUGUCAUUUGCAUAUCAUUGAGAAAGACAGAACACUCGUUCUGGGAACGCUGCUCCCGUUUUUCAACAAUAAGGACCCUGAUAAUAAGUUACUGUAAUUUGUAGUUAAGAAUUAUAGCAUAGGUAUAUCAUUGUCAUGGAGAAUCAACAGUCUAUCUAUAUUUAGCAACGUCUAAACCUCAAUAUUGAAGAAAUAUAGCUAUAAUUGGUACACCCUGUACGCCGAUGUAUUUUCUAUUUCAGCCCAAAAAAGUUGUGGAAGAUCUUCAUUAGUAUACAGGAUGGAUCUAGCAGUUUCAACGAUAGUACGAUUAUCUCACUCUGCACAAUUGUUUUACUUUGAUGUAUAAGACAUUACAAGUCUCUGUGAUUCCACUUUCUUGUAGCAAUUCUCCAUCAUUAUCUAAGAGUAGCUCUUCUACUGUUUUUACUUCAGUUAACAUAAUUUCCAUUUUUUCCGCAACUUCAGAUUUUUCAGAAAGUAAAGAUAAUAAUAACAACGGAAAAUCAUCCUUGAAGAACACAAAGUAUUGGCUAUAGAUACUUCGCUUUUGAAGGCCCACAAACAUCUGUGUAUAUAAGAGUUCUUCUGGUACCUUUGUUCCAAACUUUUUCCUGGUCAUUUUAACAUAAACGAAAUCCUCACAUAUUUCGCUGACUUUGGAGUGCUGUCCAGCUUUCCUUUAGUUUAGUUUUUCUGUCACAAGGAUUACAAAUGCUACAACUAUAAGAGAAUCUCUGUAAACAAUUAAUUACCUUCGCCAAUUCUAAAAAUACAAACAUUUAAAAAGUUAAAAUAUAUACCUUAUAUACCUUUUAAAGUGUACAUAAAAAUAUAUGGCGCUUAAACUAAAUAAAAUAAAGUAGCUUCAAGUCAUUUUAUGUAGGGUGUAGCUAUGUUAAUUUUUUGGCAUAUUGUUACAGUAAAAGUUUGUUGGCUUUAAUUGAACUCGUAUAGCUUGUUGACAAUUUUCGAUUAAAGUUAAUCAAACUAUACUGUGUGAUUUUAAAACGUGCAUUUUAUGUAAAACAUUCCUGAAAAUAAUCAGAUUUGUAUAUCAACUUGUAUAUUUAUAUUAUGAUUGAACAAUAUUGUUCGAUUUCAAGCCCUUUAAACGACCACACAAACAUCAUUGGUAAAAUACAAUCAUCCAUUUCUAGUUAAAACAAAAAAAUUAGUACAUGUAAUAACUAUCGCGUUUUUAUGACACCAUAUUCUAAAGACGUGAGUGGAUUUUACUGUCAAUUAGUUUUGUAUGAAAAGCAUAUCAUUUACUUUAUUACAACAAUCCAGUUUAAUUAAUUUAAUUUAUUGCCUAUUAUAUUUUCUCUCGCCUAUAGUAAACUACUGCCAGUUUCUUAAAAACGCGAUAAAAAUUUGUUGUGUAAAAAAAUAAAAAAAAAAUAAUAAAUUUGUAAGUAUUUAACUUAAUGUUGGGUAGUAUAUCGAGUCAUUAAUUAUUCGUUUAUUGAAUUAUUCUACUCUAGUCAAGUUUUUAUUAUUAUUUUUGCCACAAUUUAUUUUGUAAUAAAGUUACAAUGUAAGAUAAAUAAGAAAAAACAUAAUGUAUUGUUCGGUUAUUAUAAUCUUUUUUGUGUAUUUGAAUCUUUACAAAGAAAAUGGUAGUCCAAACUGGACAGAGGAAAAAUCUUUCUGUUUUUGUAGUUCGAGAUACGUAAACAUUCGGUACAUGUAAAAAUAAUAUACCUAUUGCAUAUUUCAAUUUAAUAAACUAUUACUAAUGUAUCAAAAGCUGGCGUUCGACUUAAAUCAAAAAAUACACCCGCAAUUUUUUUAAUCCCAUCACAAUUAUUUGCUUCGAGAAGUAUAUACUUGUAUAAGAAUAAAUAAUGUAUGUUUGUUUUAUUUUUGACUAUGUAAGAAUAAAUUUUAUUUCUUUGGAA